AUGUGGUCCCGCAACGUGGUUAUUAGAGGUGGCGACGGAGUACAAAAAGUCAAAGUUUACAGGUGUUGACAUUAAGCCUACUUAUCCAAUUGACACAAAACCGUGCAAUGUCGAAUUUGUUCAGACUGAGGAACUGACUCGUUUACCAUUUGAUGAUAACACAUUUGAUUACGUAUUCUGCAGAGCGAUGAUGUUCGCUUUUAAGAUUACAGACUGGGAGAUUGCCAUAAAAGAAAUUUGUCGGGUUUGUAAAGUUGGUGGUUAUGUUGAAUUCAUGGAAAAAGAUAUUGUUAUUGAAAAUGAAAGAGAGUUCACGAAAAAACUAAGAUUUCGACUUAUAGAAGAAUUGGUGAAAAAGAAUGUUGAGCCGAUAAUUUCACCAAAAAUUAAAGAUUACAUAAAUAAAACAAACCAAUUUACAAGUAUAAAACAUGAACAAAAAACUGUUACGAUAGGUGGGGCCGAUAGACUUAGCAAGGAAUACAAAGAAUUAUUUACGUGGGGGGCUAAAAAUUUGAAGGAAGCAAUGAAAAAAUCCG